AUUCCAAACGACGGACCAACCGGAACACUGUCAGGGGUAUUCGCUCGGCAUUCUUACUCACCAAGUCGCUCUCACUUCAUGUUCAAUAAGCCUGAAUAUGAUAAGCUAAUCAUGUGGUUUCGCCAUUGUGUACGUCUUCUAGGUGUAACCCUUGGAACUCUUACUCUAGUAUUUUCAUGGCUCCAAUCUACACGGCGGCUUAUGUGCGAGGUCAGACGUUCUUUUGGUAUCAACAAGUCAUUUAUUGUGGAAUUUCGGGAGGCUGAUGAUGGAGAUCAGUAA